AUGUACACUCUCGCAAGCCUCACCACCCUCGCUCUUCUCGGACUUGCCAACGCCCAGUCCAAUAUCGGCUUCGGUCCUGCGUUCUCUCUCGGUCCUACCCAGUCAUGGAUCCGUGAAGCAAACACCACCCUCGUGCUUCCUGAAAUCCCAAGCAAGGAAGCUGAUCGACUCGCUCUCUGGCCUGGAAUGGGAACCAGUAGCGGUGACUUGAUCCAGGCGCUUGCUGUUUCUUUCUCUGAUCCGAACGCGAACUGCGGCGCUAGUGCUGGACAGUGGUGUACAUGGGCUAGUACUCUUCAGGGACAGCAGCUCGGUGGCAAAGAGGUUCCUGCCAAUCCCGGCGACGAGCUUGUCAUGCAUUAUGAGUACAACGAUGAGACCGGCAAGUAUGACCAGACCGUCUCCAUCAACGGAGAGGUCAUCUCGAGCCUCUCGACCAAGUCCGGUCAAGCCCAAGGCUGGGGUACGGCCGUCGAAUGCCAGGAUGAUGCCUGCGAGAACACCCGCGUUGCUGCGCACCAGUACAAGUCGACCACCAUCGUCCUCGACUCCGCUGACUCUUCGUUCAAGGACACGCUUGGCCUCACGGAGGCCGACUCGUCGGACUUUACUACUAGCGACAACGGAAAGACUUGGACUGUCGAGACUAUUAACAUUCAUGCGCACACUUACAACCUUUAA